GGUAGUUUACAGAAAGUCUUGCUACUGCACAGCAACAGAGCCGGGUCUAACCGCUACUAGACGACAGAAUGGAGAUUCAUCCGAGGAAUUCCCUCACUACAGAAUUGAAGCAUCUGGAGCGUGUUAGAGAUGAAGAUGUAUGACGUGUGCUCAUGAUUUAAUGACGUAAAUAGGGUUAGUCUGUAUGAGGGCGGACACAUUUUAUAUCUGGAGAAGAGACAGACAACCUCGUUCAGGCUGACGGCUCCGUGGGAAACCCCUCUAUCUAAUCUGACCAGUAACGCAUGACAGACAGAGAGACAGACCGAGAGAGCAUUGUUUCUGUCUUCCACGCUAGCAGGAGGAGGCACAGAGAGGAGAGACAUCUAUCGAUCUACGUCUAUCCAAGUUGCUCAGCAGCUCCGUGAAGCUGACAUGCAGACGCGUUGUGUAGGAGACUCGGAAAAGGUCGUUGAAUAAAUCUGCAGGAACCUCUCCUCUCCCUAGUCCCCUCACCCCCUUGCCAGACAUGACGGGUCAGAGCCUGGAGGAGCUGACAGCAGCCUACGAGGACCACACCAUCCGCAUCAACGUGGGAGGGUUCAAGAAGAGACUGCUCUCCAACACGCUGUCUCGAUUCCCAGAGACCCGGCUGGCACGGCUGUUACGCUGUCAAUCAAAAGAGUCAAUACUAGAGCUCUGCGAUGACUAUGAUGACAUGGGAAAAGAGUUCUAUUUCGAUAGGAAUCCGGCUCUCUUUCCUUACGUGUUGAAUUUCUACAACACGGGGAGGCUCCACGUCAUGGCAGAACUGUGUAUAUUCUCCUUCAGUCAGGAGAUAGAGUACUGGGGCAUCAAUGAAUUCUUCAUCGACUCAUGUUGCAGCAACGCCUACCACUGCCGGAAGAUGGAUCCUGACCGCGGGGAGGACUGGGACGACUGCCGGAGUGAGGAGGGCAGCACCACGUCAUCGUUAGACGAGAUCCUAGAGUUCUAUAAUGACGCCGCUAAGUUCGACAAGCAGCCACUGGGGAUCGUCCGCAGGCGGAUCUGGCUAAUGCUGGACAACCCGGGGUACUCCAUCGCCAGCCGCAUCAUCAGUAUCCUCUCUAUCCUGGUAGUGUUGGGUUCUAUAGCCACCAUGUGCGUCAACAGUAUGGCUGAGUUUACCCUGGUGGACAGGGAGGGGACGCCCCACGAGGACCCCAGGUUUGAGACGGUGGAACACUUUGGUAUCGGCUGGUUCACCUUGGAGCUGGCGGCCCGGUUCACAGUAGCCCCAGAUCUUCUCCCCUUCUUCAAGCAUCCGUUGAACUUAAUAGACCUUGUGUCGAUAUUACCGUUCUACCUGACGCUUCUCAUUGACCUGGUGGCAGAGAGCAGCCCGGCGUUAGCCAAUCUGGGGCGCGUGGCGCAGGUGCUGCGGCUGAUGAGGAUCUUCCGUAUCCUGAAGCUGGCGCGUCACUCCACGGGGCUGCGCUCUCUGGGCGCCACGCUGAGAAACAGCUCUAAAGAGGUGGGGCUUCUGCUGCUCUACCUGGCGGUGGGCGUGUCCUUCUUCUCUGUCAUGGCCUAUACCGUGGAGAAGGAGGACAGCGAGGACUUCUCCACCAUCCCAGCAUGCUGGUGGUGGGCGACGGUGAGCAUGACCACGGUGGGGUACGGAGACGUGGUCCCGGUGUCUGUAGCCGGCAAGAUGACGGCCUCAGCCUGUAUCCUCGCAGGCAUCCUGGUGGUUGUGCUUCCCAUCACGCUCAUAUUCAAUAAGUUCUCUCUCUUCUACAAGAGACAGAAACAGUUAGAGAUCGCUAUGCGCAGCUGUGACUUCCACCAGGAGAUCAAAGAAAACCUGCCCUCUGUCAAUCUGAGGAACUAUUAUGCGCACAAGGUGAAAUCUCUCAUGGCGAGUCUGUCAAAUAUCAACCGGAGCUUGCCCAGUGAACACAGUCUGAAUGAGAUGUCAAUACAUUAAAGAUCUGUGAAUCAACAGACUGCCCCCCCCUGGCCUCAUAAGGAACGGUGUGACCAAAACAAGAGGAGGAACAUUGUGAAAGUAGUAGUGUGUUUUCUGUGUAGCCUGUUGAAUAGAGCUACAUGGGAAGCUAUCCAACGUCGUGGUGCUGAAGUUCAGUUUGACUGACAGGCGACGCGUGGGCGUGCCAACCACCAUCACAACCUUUCUAUUGGGGAGAAUCUCAAUUGCAUUUCCUUGCUUCCUCACGUCCUCUCUCUCCUCACCACCUUCUCAAAACCUAUUGGAUGAGAAGGCCAGAGGUCCUUCCCCUCUGACCCUCUGACCUUCUAAUCCAAUGGGUUUUGAGAAGAUGGUGAGGAGAGAGAGGACACAAGGAAUCAAAGAAAUUAAAUUCAGAUUGUCCCCAAUGACUCACUUCCACCUUUCAUUCCCCCCUCAGUGUUGAACUGGUUCAUCAUUAGACAGAGGAUGAUAGUCUGACAUGUUCUACUGCUGUAGUGUGUGUUGGGGUCUAUUCAUUACAACGCUCAUUAAAUAGUCUUCAAUAAAGGACACAGUACAGGACAAGUCACAACCCUAGGCCCUGGUCUUCAUCACUAGUCACUAUAGGGGUCAACCCCAGGCCAUGGUCUUCAUCACUAGUCACUAUAGUGGUCAACCCCAGGCCAUGAGCUUCAUCACUAUAGUGGUCAACCCCAGGCCCUGGUCUUCAUCACUAGUAGUGUACUGAAAGUGUACCCUAAAGUAUACUCAUUGUGAUGUGUCCAAAGUAUACCUUUACUCGUGUUCUCUUCUUAUGAAAUAGUUUUGAUGUGUAACUGUUGUACUCUGUUGUACUGCAAUGAGAUACCUUCAGAUGUCUAGCUAAAGAAAUCCAUAUUAAAGAACAAUACAUGUU